AUGGCUCUAGCAGAAACUACACUCAAAACAAUGUCUGGUGUUCACGGGCUUUUAGUCAAAAGCAAUGGAGAUCUAUCUCUUAAGCUAGUGCUAACUUCAGUGGGUGCUAUUUUUAUACUUUCAAUUUUACGGUUAAUUUCUUAUGCCCACCUAAAGCUCACAAUCCUGUGCUUGAUCAAUCACUUCUCUUUGUUUCAGAGCCUGGUCUUCCGCGUGAUGACGCACCCGAAGGUGCCAGAGUUCCAGCAGUGCGUCUCCUUCGAAGCCUUCGCCAGUCAGCACCAGGAGUUGGCCUACAACGUCUUCUGUCUUUGCGCCAUGUACUUCCUCCCACUGAUGAUCAUCACCGUCUGCUAUGCUUGUAUCUUCUAUGAGAUCUCAAAGAAUAGCAAGGAGAAUUCUGAAAAGCACCAGCAGUCCGACCACAGCAGAGUGAUGCUGAGGAGAUCAGACCAGAGGCCGCUGGCGAGGGCUCGUCGGAGGACGCUAAGGAUGACCGUCACCAUCGUCACAGUCUUCGCUUGCUGCUGGCUGCCAUAUGCCACCAUGACUCUAUGGUACAUGCUGGACCGUCAGUCGGCAGAGCACGUGUCAGCCAGGUUGCAGGAUCUGUUCUUCAUCAUGGCGGUAUCCAACUCCUGUAUGGACCCCCUGGUCUAUGGGACAUACACCCUGGAUCCGAGGACUCUCACACGGACAGCGAGGAAGAUCUUUUGCAUACACGCUCCACAUUCUGAGAUACCUGGUAUCUCGGGGCCCGAGCUUUUGAAGAGCAAAAUACAAGGCAACGACAUUUCAUGCCAUCAUCAUGAUCAU